AUGCCAUCUGGCUCUUGUCUCUGUAAAGCACUCCAGUACGAAUAUAGCGGCGAACCUGUCUCCAAGGCAGUCUGCCACUGUCUCACCUGCCGGAAAUUCAGCAGUGCAAGCUCCGUCAAUCUUCUAGUCCCUCAGGAUCACUUCCACCUUGUGAAAGGGACUCCAAAGGGAUACCAUCAAACCCAUGAGAGCGGCAUGCACAUGACCCUCCACUUUUGUGGAAACUGUGGCUCUCUGCUGUACAAGACGGCCGAUCGGAAGGAGUUUGAGGGUGGUGUGAUUGUUCUAGCUGGGACGCUGGAUGAUCCUCGCGCUCUUGAUGAUGCCAAACCCGAGGCGGAAUUCUUUGUCAAGCAUCGAGCUUCGUGGUGGCCGGCUCUGGCUGAUGCGAAGCAGUUGCAGGAGUUUGACUGA